AAGAAAAUAAAAAACAUUCUACAGACAAAUCAAAGAAGAGUCAUCCACAGGAGACAAUGGAAGUGACCCUGAAAACAGAAGUGGAAGCUGGAGCUAGUGGUUUUAGUGUGAAAGGUGGAGGAAAUGAAGGAAUAUUUAUUAAAAAAGUACUUAAGGAAUCUCCUGCUUCAAAAAUAUUUAGUCUUAGAGAAGGUGAUCAGCUUCUAAGUGCUACAAUAUUUUUUGAUAAUAUCAAAUAUGAAGAUGCACUCAAGAUUCUCCAAUAUUCCGAGCCAUACAGAGUCCAAUUCAGCCUCAAAAGAAAAAUUGCCGUGCAAGAAGAUCUAGAACACUCUACAGCCCAGCACAAAAGGGAAAAGAUAGGCCAGGAAAAAGAAUUCAGUGAGGGCAUUCCUGAAGAAACACUGCAUGUUUCAGGAAAAGCCAUUUCAGAAGAAGACAGGGAAACAUUAAUUGUAAGCCAAAGGGUAGGAAGAAGUAAGAGACCUAAAAAAGAUAGAUUAUCAUGGCCAAAAUUUCAGUCAAUCAAAAACAAAAAGAUAUUGAGGCACAGAAGAUCUCAUAGUACAUCAGAUGCAUAUGAGCCUGCUGUGCAGGAUAUUUCCCCUACAAGCACAGACACAGAGUCUCAAUUUCCACAAGAGGUCCAUACCAAAGAGAAAAAAGGAAGCCAAAGGAAACUGAAGUUCCCUAGCAUUGGAUUCAGAAUGCACAGGUCCAGACCAGAACCACAAGAAAAGCAAAAAAAAGAAAUAAAAACGACACUGAUCUCUGAAAAAGAAAAAAUAUAUAAAGAUGAUAUAAGCCUGGAAAAUCCCGAAAUCUUAACUGUUGAAUAUACCACAUCUCCUGCUUAUGAAAUGAAAACAGGGGAGGGACAUGAAACUUUAACAAAAGACUUAAAAGAGAUGAAAAAUGGUAUUCCAUCUCAUGUAAAACAAUGCCCUGAAGUUGAAAUAAGCAUUAAAAAAGAAAAAGAUAAGGAAGCAACAUCAAAAUUUAGUGUACCUGAAGUACCAGACAUAACAACAGAGAUAUCAAAGCCCAGUUUAGAAACAGCUGAUCUGAAAGUAAGCCCAACUGAAAAAUCACCACAAGCCUCAUCAAAAUCCCGAAAAAAGAAACAGAAGGGAACAGCAGAUAAAAAAGAUGGAGAAAGUGGAAUUAACAUAGACUUGGUAGGUCACAGUACUAAAGGAUAUGUACAGGUAAAAGGCCUAGAAAUUGGCACUGCUAAAGCAGAAUUACAGACAUCUGACACACUGGAAACAGGAGAAAAACAAGCAGAACAAGACACACAAAUACUAAACAUUCAGAAAAUAAAUUAUGGAAUUUCAGUGCCCAAAAAAAAAGAGACAGACACUGACACUACCAAACAGGGAAGUGAUGUUCCACAUUCAGUACCAGAAAAAACAGCUGAUAUGACUUUAGAGGACAGCAGGAAUUUCAAUGUGAAAACUCUUAUGCCAGAUGCAGAAUCAGAUGUGUCUACUUCGAAAAUACAAAUGCCAUCAUUCAAAGUGGUCAAAGAACCUAAAACUGACAUGAAAAUGCCAAGAGAAGAAAGCAGAGAGGACACAAAAGAUAGUGUAAAAAAGGAAAGGAUGGAGGAUAAUGGCAUGCCUACAAAUGACAAAGCCUUAAACAUAGAAAUUGGAAUGAAGAGAGGAGAAAAAGAUAUAGACGGGAAAGAAAGCAAAUUCAGACUGCCAAAGUUAAAAUUCCCUACAUUUACCUGGUCAACAACUAAGGAAGAAACAGCCCAACCUGAAGCACAGAUAAGUGAAAAGGAAGCAAAAGUGCAAACACUAGAAAAUGCCGAAGGACUUCAGGUAAGUGGACCACCAGGAGAAAUUCGGACUCCAAGUGCUGAUAUGCAUAUAGGAAUAUCCAUAGGAAAAAGACUUGAUAAUAAUAUAAAGCAAAAUCCCGAAGGCCAGUUCCCGAGUCCGAAAGAAUCAACUAUAAAAUCUUCGCCACUGGAAACUAAAACUGAAGACAUAAAGAAACAAAUAUGGAUUUCAAAAAGAGAUAUUGAAAUAGAGACGAAGGAAUUCAAUAAAAUAUCAAAAGAUGAAAUUUCAGAAAUUACACCAUCUCACAUCAAAGCUCCCAAGGUGGACAUCAGCCUGCCCUCCGUCGACGUCACCCUUCCACAGGCCGGCCUCGACCUGCAGGCGCCCGAGGCCACCCUUAGUCUUGAAGGAGAAGCCAAGGUCCCAGAGAAGGAGGCCGGCAAGACCAGGGACGGCAAGUUCAAGAUGCCCAAGUUCGGCAUGCCUUCCUUUGGCUGGUCCAGCAGCAAAGAGGCCAAGGGCACAGUGGCCGCAGAGGUGGACGUCAGUCUCCAGGAGCCUCAAGUGACGGUGCCUUCUGGGGCCACGGAAGUGGAAGUGAGCCUACCCGCAGCCGAUAUCCAAGCGCCCAGCGUGGAGGUGACCGUCGAGACGGCCCCAGCUGCAGCAGAGGGUGAGAAAGGCCGAUUCAAGAUGCCCGACGUCAAGAUGCCCAGCGUCAAGCUGCCCAAAGUCAAAGCUCCGCAGGCGCAGGUCAGCCUGCCCAAGGCCGAGGUGUCGCUGCCCAAAGGCCAGGAGGGCGAAGUCGUCCUGCAGGGGCCCGAGGCCGAAGCCAGCCUGGAGGUGGCCGCUGGCAAAGCUGAGGGCGGCGGCAUGAAAAUACACAUGCCCAAAGUCAAGGUGCCCAGCGUGGUCUUCUCUAAGCCCACCGUCAAGUCUCCCAAACUGGAUGCGGACGUCAGCCUCCCACAGGCGGAGCUCAAGGCCGCUGACGCCGACAUCACCAUCACGGCCCCCGACGUCACGCUGCCCUCCGUCGAAGGCUCCCUCGAGAUCCAGGCGCCUGACGCAGACCUCAAAGCGCCCUCCGCCGAGGGCAAGCUCGAGCUGGAAGGCUCGGGUCUGAAAGGCAAGCUCAAGAUGCCCAAGUUUGACAAGCCCAAAUUCACAGUGUCCUCCCCCAAGGCCGUGGCGCCCACAGCCGAGGUCAGUUUGCCCAGCGCAGAGGUCGACCUCCCCUCCACCACCGUGACGGCCGCAGGGGAGGGCACCGGCUGGAAGCUGGAGAAGCCCUCCCUCAAGAUGCCCAAAGCUGACGUCAAAGCUCCCAAGGUGGACAUCAGCCUGCCCUCCGUCGACGUCACCCUUCCACAGGCCGGCCUCGACCUGCAGGCGCCCGAGGCCACCCUUAGCCUUGAAGGAGAAGCCAAGGUCCCAGAGAAGGAGGCCGGCAAGACCAAGGACGGCAAGUUCAAGAUGCCCAAGUUCGGCAUGCCUUCCUUUGGCUGGUCCAGCAGCAAAGAGGCCAAGGGCACAGUGGCCGCAGAGGUGGACGUCAGUCUCCAGGAGCCUCAAGUGACGGUGCCUUCUGGGGCCACGGAAGUGGAAGUGAGCCUACCCGCAGCCGAUAUCCAAGCGCCCAGCGUGGAGGUGACCGUCGAGACGGCCCCAGCUGCAGCAGAGGGUGAGAAAGGCCGAUUCAAGAUGCCCGACGUCAAGAUGCCCAGCGUCAAGCUGCCCAAAGUCAAAGCUCCGCAGGCGCAGGUCAGCCUGCCCAAGGCCGAGGUGUCGCUGCCCAAAGGCCAGGAGGGCGAAGUCGUCCUGCAGGGGCCCGAGGCCGAAGCCAGCCUGGAGGUGGCCGCUGGCAAAGCUGAGGGCGGCGGCAUGAAAAUACACAUGCCCAAAGUCAAGGUGCCCAGCGUGGUCUUCUCUAAGCCCACCGUCAAGUCUCCCAAACUGGAUGCGGACGUCAGCCUCCCACAGGCGGAGCUCAAGGCCGCUGACGCCGACAUCACCAUCACGGCCCCCGACGUCACGCUGCCCUCCGUCGAAGGCUCCCUCGAGAUCCAGGCGCCUGACGCAGACCUCAAAGCGCCCUCCGACGAGGGCAAGCUCGAGCUGGAAGGCUCGGGUCUGAAAGGCAAGCUCAAGAUGCCCAAGUUUGACAAGCCCAAAUUCACAGUGUCCUCCCCCAAGGCCGUGGCGCCCACAGCCGAGGUCAGUUUGCCCAGCGCAGAGGUCGACCUCCCCUCCACCACCGUGACGGCCGCAGGGGAGGGCACCGGCUGGAAGCUGGAGAAGCCCUCCCUCAAGAUGCCCAAAGCUGACGUCAAAGCUCCCAAGGUGGACAUCAGCCUGCCCUCCGUCGACGUCACCCUUCCACAGGCCGGCCUCGACCUGCAGGCGCCCGAGGCCACCCUUAGCCUUGAAGGAGAAGCCAAGGUCCCAGAGAAGGAGGCCGGCAAGACCAAGGACGGCAAGUUCAAGAUGCCCAAGUUCGGCAUGCCUUCCUUUGGCUGGUCCAGCAGCAAAGAGGCCAAGGGCACAGUGGCCGCAGAGGUGGACGUCAGUCUCCAGGAGCCUCAAGUGACGGUGCCUUCUGGGGCCACGGAAGUGGAAGUGAGCCUACCCGCAGCCGAUAUCCAAGCGCCCAGCGUGGAGGUGACCGUCGAGACGGCCCCAGCUGCAGCAGAGGGUGAGAAAGGCCGAUUCAAGAUGCCCGACGUCAAGAUGCCCAGCGUCAAGCUGCCCAAAGUCAAAGCUCCGCAGGCGCAGGUCAGCCUGCCCAAGGCCGAGGUGUCGCUGCCCAAAGGCCAGGAGGGCGAAGUCGUCCUGCAGGGGCCCGAGGCCGAAGCCAGCCUGGAGGUGGCCGCUGGCAAAGCUGAGGGCGGCGGCAUGAAAAUACACAUGCCCAAAGUCAAGGUGCCCAGCGUGGUCUUCUCUAAGCCCACCGUCAAGUCUCCCAAACUGGAUGCGGACGUCAGCCUCCCACAGGCGGAGCUCAAGGCCGCUGACGCCGACAUCACCAUCACGGCCCCCGACGUCACGCUGCCCUCCGUCGAAGGCUCCCUCGAGAUCCAGGCGCCUGACGCAGACCUCAAAGCGCCCUCCGACGAGGGCAAGCUCGAGCUGGAAGGCUCGGGUCUGAAAGGCAAGCUCAAGAUGCCCAAGUUUGACAAGCCCAAAUUCACAGUGUCCUCCCCCAAGGCCGUGGCGCCCACAGCCGAGGUCAGUUUGCCCAGCGCAGAGGUCGACCUCCCCUCCACCACCGUGACGGCCGCAGGGGAGGGCACCGGCUGGAAGCUGGAGAAGCCCUCCCUCAAGAUGCCCAAAGCUGACGUCAAAGCUCCCAAGGUGGACAUCAGCCUGCCCUCCGUCGACGUCACCCUUCCACAGGCCGGCCUCGACCUGCAGGCGCCCGAGGCCACCCUUAGCCUUGAAGGAGAAGCCAAGGUCCCAGAGAAGGAGGCCGGCAAGACCAAGGACGGCAAGUUCAAGAUGCCCAAGUUCGGCAUGCCUUCCUUUGGCUGGUCCAGCAGCAAAGAGGCCAAGGGCACAGUGGCCGCAGAGGUGGACGUCAGUCUCCAGGAGCCUCAAGUGACGGUGCCUUCUGGGGCCACGGAAGUGGAAGUGAGCCUACCCGCAGCCGAUAUCCAAGCGCCCAGCGUGGAGGUGACCGUCGAGACGGCCCCAGCUGCAGCAGAGGGUGAGAAAGGCCGAUUCAAGAUGCCCGACGUCAAGAUGCCCAGCGUCAAGCUGCCCAAAGUCAAAGCUCCGCAGGCGCAGGUCAGCCUGCCCAAGGCCGAGGUGUCGCUGCCCAAAGGCCAGGAGGGCGAAGUCGCCCUGCAGGGGCCCGAGGCCGAAGCCAGCCUGGAGGUGGCCGCUGGCAAAGCUGAGGGCGGCGGCAUGAAAAUACACAUGCCCAAAGUCAAGGUGCCCAGCGUGGUCUUCUCUAAGCCCACCGUCAAGUCUCCCAAACUGGAUGCGGACGUCAGCCUCCCACAGGCGGAGCUCAAGGCCGCUGACGCCGACAUCACCAUCACGGCCCCCGACGUCACGCUGCCCUCCGUCGAAGGCUCCCUCGAGAUCCAGGCGCCUGACGCAGACCUCAAAGCGCCCUCCGCCGAGGGCAAGCUCGAGCUGGAAGGCUCGGGUCUGAAAGGCAAGCUCAAGAUGCCCAAGUUUGACAAGCCCAAAUUCACAGUGUCCUCCCCCAAGGCCGUGGCGCCCACAGCCGAGGUCAGUUUGCCCAGCGCAGAGGUCGACCUCCCCUCCACCACCGUGACGGCCGCAGGGGAGGGCACCGGCUGGAAGCUGGAGAAGCCCUCCCUCAAGAUGCCCAAAGCUGACGUCAAAGCUCCCAAGGUGGACAUCAGCCUGCCCUCCGUCGACGUCACCCUUCCACAGGCCGGCCUCGACCUGCAGGCGCCCGAGGCCACCCUUAGCCUUGAAGGAGAAGCCAAGGUCCCAGAGAAGGAGGCCGGCAAGACCAAGGACGGCAAGUUCAAGAUGCCCAAGUUCGGCAUGCCUUCCUUUGGCUGGUCCAGCAGCAAAGAGGCCAAGGGCACAGUGGCCGCAGAGGUGGACGUCAGUCUCCAGGAGCCUCAAGUGACGGUGCCUUCUGGGGCCACGGAAGUGGAAGUGAGCCUACCCGCAGCCGAUAUCCAAGCGCCCAGCGUGGAGGUGACCGUCGAGACGGCCCCAGCUGCAGCAGAGGGUGAGAAAGGCCGAUUCAAGAUGCCCGACGUCAAGAUGCCCAGCGUCAAGCUGCCCAAAGUCAAAGCUCCGCAGGCGCAGGUCAGCCUGCCCAAGGCCGAGGUGUCGCUGCCCAAAGGCCAGGAGGGCGAAGUCGUCCUGCAGGGGCCCGAGGCCGAAGCCAGCCUGGAGGUGGCCGCUGGCAAAGCUGAGGGCGGCGGCAUGAAAAUACACAUGCCCAAAGUCAAGGUGCCCAGCGUGGUCUUCUCUAAGCCCACCGUCAAGUCUCCCAAACUGGAUGCGGACGUCAGCCUCCCACAGGCGGAGCUCAAGGCCGCUGACGCCGACAUCACCAUCACGGCCCCCGACGUCACGCUGCCCUCCGUCGAAGGCUCCCUCGAGAUCCAGGCGCCUGACGCAGACCUCAAAGCGCCCUCCGCCGAGGGCAAGCUCGAGCUGGAAGGCUCGGGUCUGAAAGGCAAGCUCAAGAUGCCCAAGUUUGACAAGCCCAAAUUCACAGUGUCCUCCCCCAAGGCCGUGGCGCCCACAGCCGAGGUCAGUUUGCCCAGCGCAGAGGUCGACCUCCCCUCCACCACCGUGACGGCCGCAGGGGAGGGCACCGGCUGGAAGCUGGAGAAGCCCUCCCUCAAGAUGCCCAAAGCUGACGUCAAAGCUCCCAAGGUGGACAUCAGCCUGCCCUCCGUCGACGUCACCCUUCCACAGGCCGGCCUCGACCUGCAGGCGCCCGAGGCCACCCUUAGCCUUGAAGGAGAAGCCAAGGUCCCAGAGAAGGAGGCCGGCAAGACCAAGGACGGCAAGUUCAAGAUGCCCAAGUUCGGCAUGCCUUCCUUUGGCUGGUCCAGCAGCAAAGAGGCCAAGGGCACAGUGGCCGCAGAGGUGGACGUCAGUCUCCAGGAGCCUCAAGUGACGGUGCCUUCUGGGGCCACGGAAGUGGAAGUGAGCCUACCCGCAGCCGAUAUCCAAGCGCCCAGCGUGGAGGUGACCGUCGAGACGGCCCCAGCUGCAGCAGAGGGUGAGAAAGGCCGAUUCAAGAUGCCCGACGUCAAGAUGCCCAGCGUCAAGCUGCCCAAAGUCAAAGCUCCGCAGGCGCAGGUCAGCCUGCCCAAGGCCGAGGUGUCGCUGCCCAAAGGCCAGGAGGGCGAAGUCGUCCUGCAGGGGCCCGAGGCCGAAGCCAGCCUGGAGGUGGCCGCUGGCAAAGCUGAGGGCGGCGGCAUGAAAAUACACAUGCCCAAAGUCAAGGUGCCCAGCGUGGUCUUCUCUAAGCCCACCGUCAAGUCUCCCAAACUGGAUGCGGACGUCAGCCUCCCACAGGCGGAGCUCAAGGCCGCUGACGCCGACAUCACCAUCACGGCCCCCGACGUCACGCUGCCCUCCGUCGAAGGCUCCCUCGAGAUCCAGGCGCCUGACGCAGACCUCAAAGCGCCCUCCGACGAGGGCAAGCUCGAGCUGGAAGGCUCGGGUCUGAAAGGCAAGCUCAAGAUGCCCAAGUUUGACAAGCCCAAAUUCACAGUGUCCUCCCCCAAGGCCGUGGCGCCCACAGCCGAGGUCAGUUUGCCCAGCGCAGAGGUCGACCUCCCCUCCACCACCGUGACGGCCGCAGGGGAGGGCACCGGCUGGAAGCUGGAGAAGCCCUCCCUCAAGAUGCCCAAAGCUGACGUCAAAGCUCCCAAGGUGGACAUCAGCCUGCCCUCCGUCGACGUCACCCUUCCACAGGCCGGCCUCGACCUGCAGGCGCCCGAGGCCACCCUUAGCCUUGAAGGAGAAGCCAAGGUCCCAGAGAAGGAGGCCGGCAAGACCAAGGACGGCAAGUUCAAGAUGCCCAAGUUCGGCAUGCCUUCCUUUGGCUGGUCCAGCAGCAAAGAGGCCAAGGGCACAGUGGCCGCAGAGGUGGACGUCAGUCUCCAGGAGCCUCAAGUGACGGUGCCUUCUGGGGCCACGGAAGUGGAAGUGAGCCUACCCGCAGCCGAUAUCCAAGCGCCCAGCGUGGAGGUGACCGUCGAGACGGCCCCAGCUGCAGCAGAGGGUGAGAAAGGCCGAUUCAAGAUGCCCGACGUCAAGAUGCCCAGCGUCAAGCUGCCCAAAGUCAAAGCUCCGCAGGCGCAGGUCAGCCUGCCCAAGGCCGAGGUGUCGCUGCCCAAAGGCCAGGAGGGCGAAGUCGUCCUGCAGGGGCCCGAGGCCGAAGCCAGCCUGGAGGUGGCCGCUGGCAAAGCUGAGGGCGGCGGCAUGAAAAUACACAUGCCCAAAGUCAAGGUGCCCAGCGUGGUCUUCUCUAAGCCCACCGUCAAGUCUCCCAAACUGGAUGCGGACGUCAGCCUCCCACAGGCGGAGCUCAAGGCCGCUGACGCCGACAUCACCAUCACGGCCCCCGACGUCACGCUGCCCUCCGUCGAAGGCUCCCUCGAGAUCCAGGCGCCUGACGCAGACCUCAAAGCGCCCUCCGACGAGGGCAAGCUCGAGCUGGAAGGCUCGGGUCUGAAAGGCAAGCUCAAGAUGCCCAAGUUUGACAAGCCCAAAUUCACAGUGUCCUCCCCCAAGGCCGUGGCGCCCACAGCCGAGGUCAGUUUGCCCAGCGCAGAGGUCGACCUCCCCUCCACCACCGUGACGGCCGCAGGGGAGGGCACCGGCUGGAAGCUGGAGAAGCCCUCCCUCAAGAUGCCCAAAGCUGACGUCAAAGCUCCCAAGGUGGACAUCAGCCUGCCCUCCGUCGACGUCACCCUUCCACAGGCCGGCCUCGACCUGCAGGCGCCCGAGGCCACCCUUAGCCUUGAAGGAGAAGCCAAGGUCCCAGAGAAGGAGGCCGGCAAGACCAAGGACGGCAAGUUCAAGAUGCCCAAGUUCGGCAUGCCUUCCUUUGGCUGGUCCAGCAGCAAAGAGGCCAAGGGCACAGUGGCCGCAGAGGUGGACGUCAGUCUCCAGGAGCCUCAAGUGACGGUGCCUUCUGGGGCCACGGAAGUGGAAGUGAGCCUACCCGCAGCCGAUAUCCAAGCGCCCAGCGUGGAGGUGACCGUCGAGACGGCCCCAGCUGCAGCAGAGGGUGAGAAAGGCCGAUUCAAGAUGCCCGACGUCAAGAUGCCCAGCGUCAAGCUGCCCAAAGUCAAAGCUCCGCAGGCGCAGGUCAGCCUGCCCAAGGCCGAGGUGUCGCUGCCCAAAGGCCAGGAGGGCGAAGUCGUCCUGCAGGGGCCCGAGGCCGAAGCCAGCCUGGAGGUGGCCGCUGGCAAAGCUGAGGGCGGCGGCAUGAAAAUACACAUGCCCAAAGUCAAGGUGCCCAGCGUGGUCUUCUCUAAGCCCACCGUCAAGUCUCCCAAACUGGAUGCGGACGUCAGCCUCCCACAGGCGGAGCUCAAGGCCGCUGACGCCGACAUCACCAUCACGGCCCCCGACGUCACGCUGCCCUCCGUCGAAGGCUCCCUCGAGAUCCAGGCGCCUGACGCAGACCUCAAAGCGCCCUCCGCCGAGGGCAAGCUCGAGCUGGAAGGCUCGGGUCUGAAAGGCAAGCUCAAGAUGCCCAAGUUUGACAAGCCCAAAUUCACAGUGUCCUCCCCCAAGGCCGUGGCGCCCACAGCCGAGGUCAGUUUGCCCAGCGCAGAGGUCGACCUCCCCUCCACCACCGUGACGGCCGCAGGGGAGGGCACCGGCUGGAAGCUGGAGAAGCCCUCCCUCAAGAUGCCCAAAGCUGACGUCAAAGCUCCCAAGGUGGACAUCAGCCUGCCCUCCGUCGACGUCACCCUUCCACAGGCCGGCCUCGACCUGCAGGCGCCCGAGGCCACCCUUAGCCUUGAAGGAGAAGCCAAGGUCCCAGAGAAGGAGGCCGGCAAGACCAAGGACGGCAAGUUCAAGAUGCCCAAGUUCGGCAUGCCUUCCUUUGGCUGGUCCAGCAGCAAAGAGGCCAAGGGCACAGUGGCCGCAGAGGUGGACGUCAGUCUCCAGGAGCCUCAAGUGACGGUGCCUUCUGGGGCCACGGAAGUGGAAGUGAGCCUACCCGCAGCCGAUAUCCAAGCGCCCAGCGUGGAGGUGACCGUCGAGACGGCCCCAGCUGCAGCAGAGGGUGAGAAAGGCCGAUUCAAGAUGCCCGACGUCAAGAUGCCCAGCGUCAAGCUGCCCAAAGUCAAAGCUCCGCAGGCGCAGGUCAGCCUGCCCAAGGCCGAGGUGUCGCUGCCCAAAGGCCAGGAGGGCGAAGUCGUCCUGCAGGGGCCCGAGGCCGAAGCCAGCCUGGAGGUGGCCGCUGGCAAAGCUGAGGGCGGCGGCAUGAAAAUACACAUGCCCAAAGUCAAGGUGCCCAGCGUGGUCUUCUCUAAGCCCACCGUCAAGUCUCCCAAACUGGAUGCGGACGUCAGCCUCCCACAGGCGGAGCUCAAGGCCGCUGACGCCGACAUCACCAUCACGGCCCCCGACGUCACGCUGCCCUCCGUCGAAGGCUCCCUCGAGAUCCAGGCGCCUGACGCAGACCUCAAAGCGCCCUCCGACGAGGGCAAGCUCGAGCUGGAAGGCUCGGGUCUGAAAGGCAAGCUCAAGAUGCCCAAGUUUGACAAGCCCAAAUUCACAGUGUCCUCCCCCAAGGCCGUGGCGCCCACAGCCGAGGUCAGUUUGCCCAGCGCAGAGGUCGACCUCCCCUCCACCACCGUGACGGCCGCAGGGGAGGGCACCGGCUGGAAGCUGGAGAAGCCCUCCCUCAAGAUGCCCAAAGCUGACGUCAAAGCUCCCAAGGUGGACAUCAGCCUGCCCUCCGUCGACGUCACCCUUCCACAGGCCGGCCUCGACCUGCAGGCGCCCGAGGCCACCCUUAGCCUUGAAGGAGAAGCCAAGGUCCCAGAGAAGGAGGCCGGCAAGACCAAGGACGGCAAGUUCAAGAUGCCCAAGUUCGGCAUGCCUUCCUUUGGCUGGUCCAGCAGCAAAGAGGCCAAGGGCACAGUGGCCGCAGAGGUGGACGUCAGUCUCCAGGAGCCUCAAGUGACGGUGCCUUCUGGGGCCACGGAAGUGGAAGUGAGCCUACCCGCAGCCGAUAUCCAAGCGCCCAGCGUGGAGGUGACCGUCGAGACGGCCCCAGCUGCAGCAGAGGGUGAGAAAGGCCGAUUCAAGAUGCCCGACGUCAAGAUGCCCAGCGUCAAGCUGCCCAAAGUCAAAGCUCCGCAGGCGCAGGUCAGCCUGCCCAAGGCCGAGGUGUCGCUGCCCAAAGGCCAGGAGGGCGAAGUCGUCCUGCAGGGGCCCGAGGCCGAAGCCAGCCUGGAGGUGGCCGCUGGCAAAGCUGAGGGCGGCGGCAUGAAAAUACACAUGCCCAAAGUCAAGGUGCCCAGCGUGGUCUUCUCUAAGCCCACCGUCAAGUCUCCCAAACUGGAUGCGGACGUCAGCCUCCCACAGGCGGAGCUCAAGGCCGCUGACGCCGACAUCACCAUCACGGCCCCCGACGUCACGCUGCCCUCCGUCGAAGGCUCCCUCGAGAUCCAGGCGCCUGACGCAGACCUCAAAGCGCCCUCCGCCGAGGGCAAGCUCGAGCUGGAAGGCUCGGGUCUGAAAGGCAAGCUCAAGAUGCCCAAGUUUGACAAGCCCAAAUUCACAGUGUCCUCCCCCAAGGCCGUGGCGCCCACAGCCGAGGUCAGUUUGCCCAGCGCAGAGGUCGACCUCCCCUCCACCACCGUGACGGCCGCAGGGGAGGGCACCGGCUGGAAGCUGGAGAAGCCCUCCCUCAAGAUGCCCAAAGCUGACGUCAAAGCUCCCAAGGUGGACAUCAGCCUGCCCUCCGUCGACGUCACCCUUCCACAGGCCGGCCUCGACCUGCAGGCGCCCGAGGCCACCCUUAGCCUUGAAGGAGAAGCCAAGGUCCCAGAGAAGGAGGCCGGCAAGACCAAGGACGGCAAGUUCAAGAUGCCCAAGUUCGGCAUGCCUUCCUUUGGCUGGUCCAGCAGCAAAGAGGCCAAGGGCACAGUGGCCGCAGAGGUGGACGUCAGUCUCCAGGAGCCUCAAGUGACGGUGCCUUCUGGGGCCACGGAAGUGGAAGUGAGCCUACCCGCAGCCGAUAUCCAAGCGCCCAGCGUGGAGGUGACCGUCGAGACGGCCCCAGCUGCAGCAGAGGGUGAGAAAGGCCGAUUCAAGAUGCCCGACGUCAAGAUGCCCAGCGUCAAGCUGCCCAAAGUCAAAGCUCCGCAGGCGCAGGUCAGCCUGCCCAAGGCCGAGGUGUCGCUGCCCAAAGGCCAGGAGGGCGAAGUCGUCCUGCAGGGGCCCGAGGCCGAAGCCAGCCUGGAGGUGGCCGCUGGCAAAGCUGAGGGCGGCGGCAUGAAAAUACACAUGCCCAAAGUCAAGGUGCCCAGCGUGGUCUUCUCUAAGCCCACCGUCAAGUCUCCCAAACUGGAUGCGGACGUCAGCCUCCCACAGGCGGAGCUCAAGGCCGCUGACGCCGACAUCACCAUCACGGCCCCCGACGUCACGCUGCCCUCCGUCGAAGGCUCCCUCGAGAUCCAGGCGCCUGACGCAGACCUCAAAGCGCCCUCCGCCGAGGGCAAGCUCGAGCUGGAAGGCUCGGGUCUGAAAGGCAAGCUCAAGAUGCCCAAGUUUGACAAGCCCAAAUUCACAGUGUCCUCCCCCAAGGCCGUGGCGCCCACAGCCGAGGUCAGUUUGCCCAGCGCAGAGGUCGACCUCCCCUCCACCACCGUGACGGCCGCAGGGGAGGGCACCGGCUGGAAGCUGGAGAAGCCCUCCCUCAAGAUGCCCAAAGCUGACGUCAAAGCUCCCAAGGUGGACAUCAGCCUGCCCUCCGUCGACGUCACCCUUCCACAGGCCGGCCUCGACCUGCAGGCGCCCGAGGCCACCCUUAGCCUUGAAGGAGAAGCCAAGGUCCCAGAGAAGGAGGCCGGCAAGACCAAGGACGGCAAGUUCAAGAUGCCCAAGUUCGGCAUGCCUUCCUUUGGCUGGUCCAGCAGCAAAGAGGCCAAGGGCACAGUGGCCGCAGAGGUGGACGUCAGUCUCCAGGAGCCUCAAGUGACGGUGCCUUCUGGGGCCACGGAAGUGGAAGUGAGCCUACCCGCAGCCGAUAUCCAAGCGCCCAGCGUGGAGGUGACCGUCGAGACGGCCCCAGCUGCAGCAGAGGGUGAGAAAGGCCGAUUCAAGAUGCCCGACGUCAAGAUGCCCAGCGUCAAGCUGCCCAAAGUCAAAGCUCCGCAGGCGCAGGUCAGCCUGCCCAAGGCCGAGGUGUCGCUGCCCAAAGGCCAGGAGGGCGAAGUCGUCCUGCAGGGGCCCGAGGCCGAAGCCAGCCUGGAGGUGGCCGCUGGCAAAGCUGAGGGCGGCGGCAUGAAAAUACACAUGCCCAAAGUCAAGGUGCCCAGCGUGGUCUUCUCUAAGCCCACCGUCAAGUCUCCCAAACUGGAUGCGGACGUCAGCCUCCCACAGGCGGAGCUCAAGGCCGCUGACGCCGACAUCACCAUCACGGCCCCCGACGUCACGCUGCCCUCCGUCGAAGGCUCCCUCGAGAUCCAGGCGCCUGACACAGACCUCAAAGCGCCCUCCGCCGAGGGCAAGCUCGAGCUGGAAGGCUCGGGUCUGAAAGGCAAGCUCAAGAUGCCCAAGUUUGACAAGCCCAAAUUCACAGUGUCCUCCCCCAAGGCCGUGGCGCCCACAGCCGAGGUCAGUUUGCCCAGCGCAGAGGUCGACCUCCCCUCCACCACCGUGACGGCCGCAGGGGAGGGCACCGGCUGGAAGCUGGAGAAGCCCUCCCUCAAGAUGCCCAAAGCUGACGUCAAAGCUCCCAAGGUGGACAUCAGCCUGCCCUCCGUCGACGUCACCCUUCCACAGGCCGGCCUCGACCUGCAGGCGCCCGAGGCCACCCUUAGCCUUGAAGGAGAAGCCAAGGUCCCAGAGAAGGAGGCCGGCAAGACCAAGGACGGCAAGUUCAAGAUGCCCAAGUUCGGCAUGCCUUCCUUUGGCUGGUCCAGCAGCAAAGAGGCCAAGGGCACAGUGGCCGCAGAGGUGGACGUCAGUCUCCAGGAGCCUCAAGUGACGGUGCCUUCUGGGGCCACGGAAGUGGAAGUGAGCCUACCCGCAGCCGAUAUCCAAGCGCCCAGCGUGGAGGUGACCGUCGAGACGGCCCCAGCUGCAGCAGAGGGUGAGAAAGGCCGAUUCAAGAUGCCCGACGUCAAGAUGCCCAGCGUCAAGCUGCCCAAAGUCAAAGCUCCGCAGGCGCAGGUCAGCCUGCCCAAGGCCGAGGUGUCGCUGCCCAAAGGCCAGGAGGGCGAAGUCGUCCUGCAGGGGCCCGAGGCCGAAGCCAGCCUGGAGGUGGCCGCUGGCAAAGCUGAGGGCGGCGGCAUGAAAAUACACAUGCCCAAAGUCAAGGUGCCCAGCGUGGUCUUCUCUAAGCCCACCGUCAAGUCUCCCAAACUGGAUGCGGACGUCAGCCUCCCACAGGCGGAGCUCAAGGCCGCUGACGCCGACAUCACCAUCACGGCCCCCGACGUCACGCUGCCCUCCGUCGAAGGCUCCCUCGAGAUCCAGGCGCCUGACACAGACCUCAAAGCGCCCUCCGCCGAGGGCAAGCUCGAGCUGGAAGGCUCGGGUCUGAAAGGCAAGCUCAAGAUGCCCAAGUUUGACAAGCCCAAAUUCACAGUGUCCUCCCCCAAGGCCGUGGCGCCCACAGCCGAGGUCAGUUUGCCCAGCGCAGAGGUCGACCUCCCCUCCACCACCGUGACGGCCGCAGGGGAGGGCACCGGCUGGAAGCUGGAGAAGCCCUCCCUCAAGAUGCCCAAAGCUGACGUCAAAGCUCCCAAGGUGGACAUCAGCCUGCCCUCCGUCGACGUCACCCUUCCACAGGCCGGCCUCGACCUGCAGGCGCCCGAGGCCACCCUUAGCCUUGAAGGAGAAGCCAAGGUCCCAGAGAAGGAGGCCGGCAAGACCAAGGACGGCAAGUUCAAGAUGCCCAAGUUCGGCAUGCCUUCCUUUGGCUGGUCCAGCAGCAAAGAGGCCAAGGGCACAGUGGCCGCAGAGGUGGACGUCAGUCUCCAGGAGCCUCAAGUGACGGUGCCUUCUGGGGCCACGGAAGUGGAAGUGAGCCUACCCGCAGCCGAUAUCCAAGCGCCCAGCGUGGAGGUGACCGUCGAGACGGCCCCAGCUGCAGCAGAGGGUGAGAAAGGCCGAUUCAAGAUGCCCGACGUCAAGAUGCCCAGCGUCAAGCUGCCCAAAGUCAAAGCUCCGCAGGCGCAGGUCAGCCUGCCCAAGGCCGAGGUGUCGCUGCCCAAAGGCCAGGAGGGCGAAGUCGCCCUGCAGGGGCCCGAGGCCGAAGCCAGCCUGGAGGUGGCCGCUGGCAAAGCUGAGGGCGGCGGCAUGAAAAUACACAUGCCCAAAGUCAAGGUGCCCAGCGUGGUCUUCUCUAAGCCCACCGUCAAGUCUCCCAAACUGGAUGCGGACGUCAGCCUCCCACAGGCGGAGCUCAAGGCCGCUGACGCCGACAUCACCAUCACGGCCCCCGACGUCACGCUGCCCUCCGUCGAAGGCUCCCUCGAGAUCCAGGCGCCUGACACAGACCUCAAAGCGCCCUCCGCCGAGGGCAAGCUCGAGCUGGAAGGCUCGGGUCUGAAAGGCAAGCUCAAGAUGCCCAAGUUUGACAAGCCCAAAUUCACAGUGUCCUCCCCCAAGGCCGUGGCGCCCACAGCCGAGGUCAGUUUGCCCAGCGCAGAGGUCGACCUCCCCUCCACCACCGUGACGGCCGCAGGGGAGGGCACCGGCUGGAAGCUGGAGAAGCCCUCCCUCAAGAUGCCCAAAGCUGACGUCAAAGCUCCCAAGGUGGACAUCAGCCUGCCCUCCGUCGACGUCACCCUUCCACAGGCCGGCCUCGACCUGCAGGCGCCCGAGGCCACCCUUAGCCUUGAAGGAGAAGCCAAGGUCCCAGAGAAGGAGGCCGGCAAGACCAAGGACGGCAAGUUCAAGAUGCCCAAGUUCGGCAUGCCUUCCUUUGGCUGGUCCAGCAGCAAAGAGGCCAAGGGCACAGUGGCCGCAGAGGUGGACGUCAGUCUCCAGGAGCCUCAAGUGACGGUGCCUUCUGGGGCCACGGAAGUGGAAGUGAGCCUACCCGCAGCCAAUAUCCAAGCGCCCAGCGUGGAGGUGACCGUCGAGACGGCCCCAGCUGCAGCAGAGGGUGAGAAAGGCCGAUUCAAGAUGCCCGACGUCAAGAUGCCCAGCGUCAAGCUGCCCAAAGUCAAAGCUCCGCAGGCGCAGGUCAGCCUGCCCAAGGCCGAGGUGUCGCUGCCCAAAGGCCAGGAGGGCGAAGUCGCCCUGCAGGGGCCCGAGGCCGAAGCCAGCCUGGAGGUGGCCGCUGGCAAAGCUGAGGGCGGCGGCAUGAAAAUACACAUGCCCAAAGUCAAGGUGCCCAGCGUGGUCUUCUCUAAGCCCACCGUCAAGUCUCCCAAACUGGAUGCGGACGUCAGCCUCCCACAGGCGGAGCUCAAGGCCGCUGACGCCGACAUCACCAUCACGGCCCCCGACGUCACGCUGCCCUCCGUCGAAGGCUCCCUCGAGAUCCAGGCGCCUGACACAGACCUCAAAGCGCCCUCUGCCGAGGGCAAGCUCAAGCUGGAAGGCUCGGGUCUGAAAGGCAAGCUCAAGAUGCCCAAGUUUGACAAGCCCAAAUUCACAGUGUCCUCCCCCAAGGCCGUGGCGCCCACAGCCGAGGUCAGUUUGCCCAGCGCAGAGGUCGACCUCCCCUCCUCCACCGUGACGGCCGCAGGGGAGGGCACCGGCUGGAAGCUGGAGAAGCCCUCCCUCAAGAUGCCCAAAGCUGACGUCAAAGCUCCCAAGGUGGACAUCAGCCUGCCCUCCGUCGACGUCACCCUUCCACAGGCCGGCCUCGACCUGCAGGCGCCCGAGGCCACCCUUAGCCUUGAAGGAGAAGCCAAGGUCCCAGAGAAGGAGGCCGGCAAGACCAAGGACGGCAAGUUCAAGAUGCCCAAGUUUGGCAUGCCUUCCUUUGGCUGGUCCAGCAGCAAAGAGGCCAAGGGCACAGUGGCCGCGGAGGUGGACGUCAGUCUCCAGGAGCCUCAAGUGACAGUGCCGUCAGGAAUGGCUGAUGUGGACAUGACAUUUUCUGACUCUGAGAUCCAAGCACCCAGUUUUGACGUUUCCCUAGAUCCUUCUGUUUGUAAAGAGGUGGAUGUUGGUAAAUCUAAAACUUCUCUAUUUAGAAUGCCCAAAAUUUCUCUUUCUAAAAGUUUCAAACCUCAUGCACAAAGCCAGUCUGGAUCUGAUGUUGCUGUUUCAGAAACUCUUUGUUAUUCUUUAACAGAGGAAACUUCUGAUCCUUCUCAGAGUGUUGAACCUAAACUUUUUCCUGACAUUAAGGGAGAGAGUGUCUCUAAAAGUACCAAAUUCAGAAUUCCUAGCAUUGGUUUUUCUAAAUCUGAAGUGACUUCAUCUAAAAUUGAUCUGGAGUCCUCAUUACAAAAGGGGGAUAUUACUCUUACUAAAUACCAAAUUAAUUCCCCAGAAUCAAAAAUAGCAACUCUUGCUGAUGAAAAUCUUUCAGAUUUUGAAAUUUUAUGUGAUGAUGGUUCUGAGGAGCAAGGAGGUAUUAAGCUAGAGGGCAAAACCACUUCUGCUGAAAUAUCUUUGUUUGACACAGAGGUCACAGUUAAAAUUCCUAAAUUCCGAAAACCAAAAUUCAGAAUUCAAGCUAAGGAAAAAGCAUUUGAAAGUGACAUUGGUUCCGGCAUGGAAUCUGAAAUUUCCAAGGGGAGGAUAACAUCUGAUAUGACUGAUCCUGAUAUUGAAAAAUCAGCUCAAAUCUCUGAUGCCCAACUUGGUUUAAAGUUGCAUAAGCCUUCACUUGAAGUUGUUCUGGAUGCACCAACAAUGGAUCCAAAUCUCUCAUCCAUGGAGGUUACCUUGCCGAACUUAGAAGCAGAAAUCCAUGGCCCAGUUUUAGAGUGCAAGGCAGAACAGGAAGUUGUUACAGGAGAGAAGGGUACUGAGGAGAAAGAAAACAAAUUUAAAUCAUCAAAAUUCAAACUGCCUUCAUUUAGGUGGUCACCAAAGAAAGAAGCUAUUGCUCCUUCUCAUGUUGAGGAACAUCUGGAAGGACCCACUUUGUCUACCUUAUCUGGAGACAUGGGAUCUGAAUUAACUUUUCCUACUCCUGAGAAUCAAUACCUUAAUGAAGAAGUUGAUACAACAGAAAAAGAUGGUGAAAAGGCCAAAACCAAGAAGUCCCAAUUUACCAUGCCAAAGAUCUCAUUCCCUAAAAUUAAGGGUCAGAAAGUACAGGUCUCUCUGCCUGUACUGGAAACUGAUAUUUCUGGACCCAAACAAGAAAUAGAAGGUGUUUCUGUUCAGAAAUCUGAGAAAGGAAGUAGUGGAGAAGGGGCAGGACUGGGCAUAGAAGUGCCUAAAGUUACAGUCCCAACUUUGGAAUUUUCCAAACCAGAACCCAAAGCUCCCAAAAUAGAGAUGGAUAUUAGCAUGCCUACAGGUGAGGUCAAAGUUCCUACCUGUGAAGGAGAUGAGCUGACACUGAAAUCAGCUGCUGCUAAUGCCAGCCUCUCCACCUCAGAUAUUAAGAUGAUACCUGAAGGUUCACUUGAGGUGAAGAGUCCUGACAUAACUGUUGAAGGAACAUCAAGUGAAAUUGCUGUGUGUGAUGUAGACAUAAAAGCUGAAGGUUCUGAAGGAAAAACAAAAAUGUCUAAGUUCCAAAUGCCAAAGGUAGGAAUUACACUUUCUAAAGGAAAAGGGUCAGAAAAGGAUGUUGGCCAAUCCAAACCAGAAGUAAAGGUUCCCCAACUAAAAGCAACAGUAGAAAUAUCUGACAUAGCUGUUGAAGCACCCGACUUGAAGGUGGAAUGUGGCAUAGAAACAGGGACUUACAGUCCUGAAGCCAAAAUUACCAAAACUGACAGUAAGACAUCAGAGGCUGAUGUUCACCUCCCAUCAGCUGACAUUCCUAUUCCAAAAACAGACAGUGAUAUUCAAGAUUCAGAUGCAGCAGUAAAGAUCAAGGGGGAAAUAAAGCAAGAUGGAGAUGGAGAAGAGAAAGAAGGACAUUUCAAAAUGCCCAAAUUCAAACUUCCAUCCUUCAGUUGGUCACCAAAGAAGGAAGCAAGUGUUAAAUCUGAUUCUGGAGCAAAUUUGGAAGACCAAAAACUUGCUGUCAUGUCAAGCAGAAUAGACACAGAAGUGAAAGGUACUACAACUGAUGAUCAAGGUAGUGGGCCAGACCUUGAUCUGGAAAUAUCUGCAGGAAAAGUUGAACAAAAAAGCCCCAUUAAAAAGCCUCAAUUUGUCAUGCCUAAAAUUUCACUCUCCAAGAUCAAGGUUCCAAAAUCUCAGUCUCAGUCACCAAAAGUUGAAGCUGAUGCUACUCUUCCUAAAAGUGAAAUAGAGGGUGAUGAUUCAAUUAAGAUACCUGAUAUAGAAAAAAGUCAUCCUGAAGGGACUAAAGAAGGGGCACAAAUCACCAUAAAACUGGCUGACACUACGGUCCACACUCUGGAGUUUUCCAGAGUAGAAACUGAAGCCUCUAACACUGAAAUAACAGUCAGCUCAGCAAAGACUGAUGCUUCUUUGACUCCCUCAGAGGGGAGUUUUCAACAGGUUGACUUAAAAAUAAGUUCUACCAAUGAAGGUAACAUUCAAAAAACAGGUACUAAGCUCCCCAAAGGAGAAGCUUCAGUUGAUUUGAAGAGCCCUGAUAUGUUAACAGGAAACUCAUCAGUUGUGGAUGGAAGAAAAGUGAAAUUGGAAGGUCCUGAAGGGAAGAUUAAAAUGCCCAAAUUCCAGAAGACAAAGUUUGGAAUCUCCCGCACAAAAGGGAAAGUCCCAGAGACAGAGAUCAGCUCUCCAAAAAUAGAAACGGAGCCACCCCAACUAAGAACAACAAAUGAAAUUGCUGACAUUGCUGUGGGAGUUCCAGCAUCAGAACUUACAUCUGAUAUGUCAGAUCCUGGAGUAGUUGAUGGUAAGAUAAAAACACCCCAAGCUCUGACGGGUGGCAUUGAAGAUGCAAAGGUAGACAUAAGCACCCAGUCAGUGCCUAAACCAAAAACAGAGAGAGUUACUGAGAGUCUUGGGGAGAAGGAAAUCAAAUUAAAAGAACAUGAAAUAAAAGCUGAAGAAGUUCAGACUGAAGAACACCAGGGAUGGUUUAAAAUGCCAAAAUUCAGAAUACCUGCAUUUGGCAGGUCAUCCUUAAAGGAAAAAAAAAGUGAUGCUGAUAUUGAAAGAAGUAUGGAAAAAGCUCAGGCAACUACUCCUUCUGCUAAAGUACAAACUGAAACAAGCGUCCCUGAAAAUACCUUCUCAUUACCACAUGCAGUUGCUGAAAUUACUAUUGGAAAAGAAGGGAUUCAAAAAUUAGGAGAUUCUGUGAAGAGUUCUAAUGUUAGCUUGCCAAAGAUUGAAGGAGAUAUUUCAUUAUCCACAGAAAGAACAGAUAGUAGAGUUAGUAUUCAAAAAACUGAAACUUACGCAGAUGUAGUUAAGCGCAGUGCUGAAGGACAUACUUCAGAAAUCACAGUGUCUGCAGCAGAAUUGUCUAAAUCAUACCCAAGUUCAGAAACUGACAAGGACGAGAGUUCAACAAAUAGGUUUCCUACAUGUACUCUGACAUUUCCAGAGCAUAAAGGCAAAUCACAGGAUAUAAAUGUCCAAAAGGUAGAAAGUUCCAUGAAAUUAGAGACAUCAGAGGUAGAAUGCAAACCAUCAUCAGCUGAAAUUACUCUGGAUGCAACACAGAAGAAAAUAGAUGUUAGUCUUCCAAAGGAAGAGCUAGAUUCUCAAAAUAAAGAGGCAGCAAUUAAAAAAGGAAAGAUAAAGGGUGAGGUGAAAAUCAUAGGAAAAGACAGUGAAGAAAGUCAAUUAAAAAGGACUAUGUGUGAAUGGUCUACAACAGAAGAAUUGGAAGAUGGUACUUACGUUACUGCUAAACUGGAAGAUCUAAAGGUAGAAGUUCCAACAGUGAAGACGGAUGUUAAAAUUACUGGAGUAGAUCCUGAAAUGAAAUUUCGAGUGAAAAGUGUUGAAAAGGAUGUGUCUGCAGGAGUGGAAGUGCAAGUAGAAGACAGAGCAGAAAUAAGUAGAAUUAAAGCAUACAAGUUUAAGAUCCCAAGAUUUGGAAUGUUGCAUUCUGAAACCAAGGGGUUUGAAGAUGAUACCAAUUUGCCAAAGUCAGAAGCUGAUUCAGCACCUAAAAGUGAAAGAGGCACAGCAGAAAUGCAGUUACAAAAACCAGAAGGAUGGAUUGGCCUGAAAAGUCCAGCUCUAGAUCAUAUAGAAGCAUCUGCCAGAAUAACAGGGGAAACAGUGGACCAAACACAAGGUGUCCCAGAAGUAAGUGUAAGAAUUCCCAAACUAAAAAUACCAAGAUUCACUUUCAGAACUCCCCCAAUUGAAGCUGAUGUUUUACUGUCAAAAGUUGUAACAGAUCCAAAGGGAUCUAGUACUGACAUUGAAAUAGUGCAACUGCCAGCAAGCUCUGCUAUCCCUGAAGAAACACCAGGAGCUGUAGAGGGGGGUAUUCAAAAAGCAAAAAGCAAAAUUUUAACACUGACUGAACCUGACAUAAAAACAGCACAAAUGACAGCUACCAUUGAGUCCUCCCUUUCAAGUCCAGGGCAAGACAUUCAUUGGUCUUAUAUAGAGGGCCAAGAAGUAAGUGAAAAAGUAGAAACUGAACGUGUUGCUAUUGAGCGGUGUGAGAUUUACACUACUGAAAUACUGAAAGAAUCAGAGAUUCUGUCAUCAGAGGUCAAAACUGCUACUUUGGGAUUCUCAUUGCUCAAGGCCAAGUUGCCUGAAUCACACAGUGAUUUAGACAUGCUGGUCCAGCAGCCAUCUCCAACAGGAGAUGCAUCAGUGAGAAAACCUACAGGUGGUGGUGAAAGCUUUGGAGUAGCAGCGCAGAGAACUGGCAGUUCUGAGCUUAAACUAUCUGACAAACCACACUGUGAGUCUGAAGAAUCUAGAGGAAAAGUAAGUUUGUCAAAGUUAAAAACAUCUGCUGCUGAAGUAAAGGGUCCCAGUAAACUUGAAGAGAGUUUUCCUGAUAAAUCACCAGAGGGAGUAACUGCAGCUCCUCUCUCUGAAGAUGAAGAUGUAGUUGAAGCAGUGGAAGGUGAAGAAAAAGACAUAACCAAUGAGAAAGAAAAGACUGAUAGUAAAAGGUCUCCUGGAAGAUUUAAGUUUUGGCUUCCAAGUAUUGGCUUUUCAGCUUCUGGGGAAGAAGCAAGCACAGAUGCAAAAGCAGAAAUAAAAAAAUCAGUUCCAGAAGAUGUGAAACCUGUUGACACAUCAGAUGAUUCCUCUAAGCAGAGUGAAAAAACUGGAUGGUUUAGAUUUCCCAAGCUUGGUUUCACAUCUCCCUCCAAAAAGGCUAAGUCUGUUGACAAAGAAGAGGUGGGUCAUAAAGAGGGGAGACUCUCAGAUGAAGAUAGCCCAACAGAUAAGCCAGAUGUGUUUUUUGAUGCACGAGAAACCUUAUCACCUAAAGAAAUAGGAGAGGGUGAAAAAGCUGAAACUGACAGGGCCUCAUCUAUCGUGACAUCUUCAGCAAGAACUGAACUAAUAUUGUUGGAGGAAGAAAAAGACAGUAAAUCUAAUAUUGUUGGAGAUACAACCAAAUGAAGGUUGUAUUUUCUCAAUUCUCAAUGAAAACAAAAUCAUCCACGGAAGAGAAUGUUUUCCUAAUUUUCUGCUAACAAAAUUAAAACCCAAGGUUGGUAUUCAUGAAAACACUUGAACAGAAUUUACUGCAUUCAGAUUUUCAAGUACAUGGAUGUACUAGAUUGUACACUAAUAAAAAGAAUUAUUUCUUCAUAUCUACCCCAAGGGCAGCAAUUAUGACAGGUGCAGAUGAGCCCAUAGUUUGAGGAAAGUCUGAGUAUAUACCAGAACCAUGAAAGUAAAUCAUUGACAGGCUCAACAGUACCAAAAGAAUUGUUAAAGAGGCUUCUCAAAACCCACCAGUUAUAUUUAGAUUACAGAUUAUUUCCAGAAUGGGUUCUAAACAAGUAUUAUGAGAACUAUACUUACCUGUUUAGAUUUUGGAACUUUCUGAUCCACUUUUGCUUUGUUAUUAAAAUGUUUUUUCUUUAUUUCAGCUAAGGUAGUAUGUAUAGUCCACAAACAUUUUAAAAUAUAAAAUAAAAAUUAAAUAUUAGUGUAGAGAGACUACGCUUUGCCUCUUCCUCUCUUCUCAUUUUUUAUUAUUGUGGUGGGUCAUAUUUAGCCUUACGAUAAUUAAAAAAAAAACCAAAAAACAAAAACAGCAAAACCAACAGAAUAAUUUCAAGACCAAAAAACAUGUAACUAAAUCAUGUUUGUAAGAUACCAGAAUAAAACAUGCUUACAAAGAAUAUUAUUCAAAUGUGGAUAAAUAAAUUUUAAUGUAUAUACUUAUGGGAUACUUAAAUGCUUCGAAUGAUCUGCCACACUGGUGGAAUUGCUUCAGAGAUUUUCUGGGAAAGGAGGUGUAUAUAAUUAUUUGCUCCUCUGUUUAUAUUAAUGCUUCUCUCAAGUGCACAAUGAAAACCAGAGUGCAUAUGUGACAGCCUUCACAUGUACCAUUAAAACACUGUCUGUAUUCUUAAUUCACAAUAAACUCACUGUAUGAAUAAUAA